UAUUUGUUCAAACUAGAUACGAUAUUAGAAAAACAAAAUAUAGAAAUUAAUUAUCGAGUGUCUUGACCCGCCAUAAAUGCAAAUGCGCGUUCGUUGUAUGUAUUUUAUUAUAAUAGUGUCACCGCCAGCAAAUCAUUGCCGCAGUUAUUAACCGAACAAACGUGGACGAACAUCGUUGACAAACUACAGCACAUACUAUGCAGACAUCAGAUAUCUGGUAUUUUGGAAUCAUUUUCAAAUAAAAAAAAACGUAUUGAGAAUAAAUGAACAAAAAUUUAUGCACACAGUCGGAUCGUCGCUACUUAUUUCAUAAAAGUAAAUCCUAAGACGUACCUACUCAAAUAUGUCGAAUAUUACCCAAGGAAGUUUGAAUGGCUUUAUAAGCGAAACACAAAAUCAAUUUUUCAAUUUACUAAACCGAGAAAUGAAAUUUGAUAAAGAAGUUGAUUCGUGGCUAUUUAUGAGCACGCCGUGGCCAGUAUUUUCAAUUCUUGCAGUAUAUUUAUUCUUUGUCUUAAUAUACGGGCCGAAAAUGAUGAAAAAACGAGAACCCUUUAACAUCAAAACGAUUAUGAUGGCUUACAACUUUAUUCAAACAGUAUACAACUGUUACAUUGUGUCGGCGAUGUUCAUUACGCCAGGAGUAUCUGAUUAUUUGAAGAACUAUGUUUGCCAUCCAGACGAAACGGAAAACAGUAGUUUAUUGAUUAGACAAUUUUAUUCAUACUCUUGGCACUUCUUUCUUUCCAAAGUAUUUGAUCUUCUCGACACUGUAUUCUUUGUACUAAGAAAAAAGCAAUCGCACGUGUCAUUUUUGCAUGUUUACCAUCAUGUUAAUAUGGUUAUUACUACAUGGACUUAUUUGAGAUUCUUUAAAGGUCAGCAAGCAAUUCUUUGUGGAGCUCUAAACUCAACGGUACAUAUGAUCAUGUACAGUUACUACUUUUUAUCAGCUCUAGGACCUCAUAUGCAAAAGUAUUUGUGGUGGAAAAAAUAUUUAACCCGUUUACAAAUAUUUCAAUUCAUAAUUGGACUAACAUUCGCCGUAAGCCUAUUUUUUUACGACUGUAGUUUCCCACGUGUGUUUGCGGUUUAUAUGAUAGCCGACGUGACUCUAUUUUUAUACUUAUUUGUAUUAUUCUACAAAAAAACCUACAGUGAAAAAACGAAGUCGGGAUAAACAAGAUAAAACAUCCAACCAACAAAGUUUUACAAUAUACAUACUGAUAUACAUUGUAAUAAUUGCAUGCAUAUUAAACACUAUUUAGUAUUUAUUGAAUAUAAUGCAGUGUCUAGAAUUUAAGAGUAGUUAACGUAAAAACAUUGUAUACAAAAAAAUCCAUGUUAGUAUGGAAAAUUGAAACUUAUUAUACUGGUUAAAUAAUUUUUGUACAAUAUUUAUAAAUAUAUUAUGUUUA